AUGGGAUCAAAAGCGUCGAAAAAUCAAUCGAAAGGUACCAAACCACUAACCUACCCGUCCUUGGUCUCUGUUGUGGAGUUCAUCAGCUUUGGUAGACGGAAACAACUAUACGCAAAAUGUCCGACAAUUCGAAAAUUCGAAGAAAGACUACCCUAUCAUCUUGAACGUGUGGAAAUCAAAACAAUAGGCCCUAGCUACAUCAUUUUGAAAUUUGACAAUUUUGCAAUUGGUUCGUAUCACGACAAUAAAAACAAGAUAUCUUUGGGGUGUUCUGAAAAUUGGGUGGAGCGCUCAACAGGAACGUCUUUGUAUGAGGCGACUGAGAAGUUUGCACUGUAUAAUUUGAGUAGACCGGGAACAACAAUAAAGACACUUGAGACAAAAUACACUCCGACAUGCAUCUUAAACUGUAUCCCCAUGGCUAUCGAAAAGUUGAUAGUGUACGCUAACGAGGAGCACACAUGGAUCCGUACAUCUAGACCAGUGGAAAAUCUAGAGACUGAUUUUAUAAUCAGGCAUGACACGAUCAAGUACGCAAAACACGUGACAGUGACUCGACCACCGCAUCUUCCGAUCAGAAUCCACGCAGAUAUAUUGUCAGAAUGGAAUUGUGAAUCUAUUACAAUUGAGAGAAAACUGACUGAUGUGGAGGUAGUGGAUUACUGUAGAAGAGUGUCAAAGAGAACCGAUCGACCGAUUGGAAGCGUUUUCAAGUCAGGGUUGAGUGGCUAUUCAAGAGAGUUGUUCCAAAUGCUCUCUCGGGAAUCAAAUACAAGAAAGAUAGUCUUCUUUGGCGGUCUGAUACAGUGUGUAACUAUCCGCAUUAACAAAUCGACCGAGUUGAACGUAUACGAGAUGGAACCUGGAAUUUGUGUAAAAGUCAGUGCGAGAUGA